AUGCCAAAGACAACACCACUGCAAUAUACGCUCUACGAUCCAGCUAAGCCUUUGUCAUCCACUUACAAAAAGCGAGCGGCAAAGGAGUUGGGAGAGGAUCCUAAUCAAGUUGCAGCACAUCUGGAAUCGUUUCGACGUUGGCUCACAUCCAUGCCUCACUUGAAGUGUACCACGGAUGAAAUGUUUUUGUUGGGAUUUCUGCGUCACUCAAAGUACAACCACAUGAAAGCGCAACGUCGUCUGGACAAAUUUUGCACCUUCCGAACCUCAUCCACUGAAGGCUAUCCUGCGUGGUUCGAGGAUCCGGCUACCAAUAGGAGGAAUUGGAAUGAAUUUGUUGACAUGAAGUGCUGGGUACCCCUAGGGUUCACGCAAGAAGGGACGCUGGUCGUUGUGAUGAAAUGCGAGAACCUCAAUCUGGAUGUGGUGUCGAUGGCAGAGCUGCAAAGCGCAAUGCAAAUAUGGAACGACGCAUGCCUACUUGAUGUCAGGGCACAAAUCGGCGGCGUCUGUUUUAUUGCAGACCUUACAAAUCUUCGCAAGGAGGAUAUUAUGCGAAUGUUCGACCCAAAGUUAUCAAAGAUUUCAACAAAGUAUUUCCAGGAAUGUCUUCCCUUCCGCAUUAAGAAACUGAUAUACUACAAUGCACCGAAGGUGUUCGAAACACUCUUCAAUCUCUACUCGGAGUGGUUAAAUGAGAAGAUCAAAUCACGAACGCUGGUUCUGGGCUCCGAUCUCAGUCCCGCUUUCGACGCAGUUCCCGGAUUGAAAGAGUUAUUGCCGGAUUCGUUUGGUGGCGAUAACAGGCUUUCUUUUGAGGAAAUAUGCGACAAGCAGGCGAAUGUGAUGAAGUCACUUCCAGACGUUGGUGCAACAUUUGCAAUUGCAGUGGACGAGUCGAAGCGACCGAAAGAAUGCAGGAAUCAGUUUGGUGUUUACAAAGACCUGCCCUCAGACAUAAUGGGCAAAUCGGGGACAUAUGUCAAACUGAAUCAGGAUGAAAUUUGA